UUAACAGGCUGGGGUUUUGCAUAUAGGCUAUCAUAUAAACUGAACCUCCAGUUGAGGGAGACCAUCUCGAAAAUACACUCGCGGAGUCCGUUACAGUGAGACGAGAUGCUCGAAAGCGAAGUGUCCAUGUGCUUUAUCUUCUACAGCACGCUUUUAAUCUUAAAAAUGUUUAUCAUUGCCAUCAUCACUGGACAAGUAAGACUUCGGAAAAAAGCAUUCGCUAAUCCUGAGGACGCUGUUAGACACGGGGGUGUGCAGUAUUGCCGCACUGAUCCAUACGUGGAGCGCUGUUUGAGGGCACAUCGCAAUGACAUGGAGAACAUUUUCCCCUUUUUGUUUCUAGGGGCUGUCUAUUCCCUGACCGGCCCCUCGUAUACAGUGGCACGAAUUCACUUCUUGGUUUUCUUCCUGGGUCGAGUUGUUCACACUGUGGCGUACCUGUUGGCACUUAAAGCGCCGACACGUUCAUUCGCCUAUGUCAUCGCUCAGGUGCCUUGCGUUUCCAUGGCGAUACAGACACUUAUGGCUGUAGCCUCAUUUGCAUAACAUUGUCCAAUAUGAAGUUCUGUGAUUGGUCAAGACUUCUCAUCCUUUACAACUGUGAUGCAGGAUGCUGCUUUGGUGAUUUGCAUACCUUUCUACAACAGUUUUAGGAACUUACAGUAAAUUU